UGUAGGCGGGACUAGCCAACAGCAGGAAAUACACAGUUAACUGCAAUUACUUCUUUGGAAAGUUUUGAGCUACCAACGAAUGCAAACCAUCUAUAAAGACUUUUAAGUGUGCAUUUAUCUAGACUAUCUAUUUUAUAUCAGUAUAGAGUUAUACUUCAUUGCGUUUAAUCAGAUAAUUUCCGCAGCUGAGACAGCAUGGAUCAUCUGUGUUGUUUACAUGGUGAAAGAGCUGACAAGCUAACGUUAGCCUAGCAACUUAGCUUGCUAACAUCGAGUCAUAUGAGCUGAUAAUUAUCCCGCAGCUUUGCCCUCAUGAAUGAAACUCGACAUUGGUGAAGGAUAUAACUGACAUGUGGACCAGCGAGGGCUUGUCUUAGGUCGCAGUGAGCUGUAGGACGUGUAACAAUGCGAAGCUAACGUUUAAUGUGUCGAGCGUCAGAAACGUUUAGACGAGUUGAACUGUUUACUCACUGAAUCUGCGUCCAGUUUGAGAGGCCUUUACAGCGGCUUCAUGUCAAGAUGCCUUGUUCCUGUGGGAACUGGAGAAGAUGGAUUCGUCCGCUGGUCGUUGUGUUAUAUAUCUUGUUAUUAAUAGUCGUCCUGCCUUUGUGCAUCUGGGAACUACAGAAGUCAGAGGUUGGCACUCAUAACAAAGCAUGGUUCAUUGCUGGGAUAUUUGUCUUCAUGACCAUACCCAUAUCAUUAUGGGGCAUCCUCCAGCAUCUGGUUCACUACACUCAGCCGGAGCUUCAGAAACCUAUCAUCAGGAUAUUAUGGAUGGUCCCAAUCUACAGCCUGGACAGCUGGAUUGCACUGAAAUACCCCAAUAUAGCAAUUUAUGUGGACACGUGCAGAGAGUGCUAUGAGGCCUUUGUCAUCUACAACUUCAUGACCUUCUUGCUGAACUACCUGGAAAAUCAGUACCCCAGCCUGGUGAUGAUGCUGGAGGUCCAGGAGCAGCAGAAACAUCUGCCUCCUCUCUGUUGCUGCCCGCCCUGGCCUAUGGGAGAGGUUUUAUUGUUGAGAUGUAAGCUGGGAGUGUUGCAGUACACAGUCGUACGACCCGUCACUACUGUGAUUGCCUUGAUCUGUCAGCUUUGUGAAGUGUAUGAUGAAGGCAAUUUUAGUUCAACAAAUGCAUGGACAUACCUGGUCAUUUUCAACAAUAUGUCACAGCUGUUUGCCAUGUACUGUCUGGUGCUGUUCUACAGGGCUCUGAGAGAGGAACUGAGUCCAAUCAAACCAGUGGGCAAAUUCCUCUGUGUCAAAAUGGUGGUGUUUGUCUCAUUCUGGCAAGCUGUGUUCAUUGCUUUACUGGUGAAAGUGGGCAUUAUCUCAGAGAAACGUACAUGGGACUGGCAGAGUGUGGAGGCUGUUGCUACUGGUCUACAGGAUUUCAUCAUAUGUGUGGAGAUGUUUCUGGCAGCCAUUGCCCAUCACUUCAGCUUCACCUACAAGCCGUACAUCCAGGAGGCUGAGGAGGUCUCCUGCUUUGACUCUUUCAUGGCAAUGUGGGACAUCUCCGAUGUCAGAGCAGACAUUUCUGAACAAGUUCGCAAUGUUGGGAGAACAGUUAUGGGUCGUCCAAGGAAACUCUACUUCGGCGAGGCACAGAGUGACGGUGAGCGAUCUGGUCUUCUAUCUUCCGGCUCUCAAGAUGCCAUCACAGAGGCAGCAUCCAACCCGGUGUCACCAAAGGGUCAAUACCAGGGCCUGGGGAGAACCCUCACCCCGCACUCUUUGUCAGCCCCUGCUGGGCUCAGCUCUGCACCUUGGGGUGAAGGAUAUGAAGCUAGAUGCGAAGAAACGGAGGAGGAAGAAAGGACCGACCAAACCAAAGAACCGACAGAGGCAGAUCUGAUCGUAAUCACCUAGCCUACUGUCAAUGUUGAUGUCACCAACAGACUCUUACCAGACAUGCUUGGGCAGGACCCAAUUACAGCCUUGCCAUCUUUCCUCAGACAUUACUUCACUCAUGCAACAUAAAACAGAACUUUUUUAAAAGGGCACAUCACCCAAGUACUAGUAGACGUUCGCCAACAAAUGCAAAACCAGAUGGACCUCUCUGCCUGUGACAGCUCCAAGAAUGUUCAGCAAAUUUUAUGACGUUUUUUUGUUGUACUUGGGAGUUAUAUGGCUCAAUAGACUAUGUCAGAAUGGUUGUUCUCCAUUGUAAUCGGGAAAGGUCAAUUCAAACAUGCGUCAAAAAUAGCACACUUUUAUCCAGCGAACCCAGUCUUUGUGAUGUCGUGUUACUUGAGAUGUGAGGCUACGUUACUCCUCAAGUCUUGAGUGAAACAUGCACAUGUAUUCUUUCCAAGUAGGAAAUUAUCACACUUUUUUUUUUUCAACUCAAGUCAUAUCAUAAUCUCAGAUGUUACAGAUUAGAAAAAGAAAUAUGCACUCUAUGUAUUGGUUUAUAGUGAUUUCAGGGGACAUGAGUAAUUAUCAGUGGAAAUCUACUAUAGUAAAGCACAUUUCUUUCAUACCCUCCCUCUUGAAUACACAUCCUCUAGUUGCUAGGACAAAAAUAAUCUGAUGAUUUAUGAUGAUCUAAAGCAGCAUUAAGUAUUUUGGGAUGCUGAAAUAAACUUGAGGUGAGAGUUGACAGUUUAUGCCUUUUCAGGUGAUCAGUACACUUGGGUUUAACUGACUAUGUUACAACACUACAAAAAAUAUCAGUAUUUGAGGAGAUACUUCAGGUAUAGUCCAAGUAUUAAAACAACUUACACCAUUCAUUCUGUUACUGUACAAUCAGCACAUUGUACUAAAUUCAUGCUGUCAUCGCUUUACUGCAUACAGCUCACUCUGCAGUGUUAAAUAGAAAUUUAUUUACUAGUCUUCUGAGAUGCCUUGUUCUGUGUGCCGUGGAACUAGUCCAUCCACUUCAUCAGCUUUUAUAUUCCGGGAUCCGUUUUAUUUGAGAUGUUCUCCAUCCUUUAUCUUCUACACUGCAAUAACUUUGCUGCCACCACACCUAAGCCAUUUAUUCUUUCCUGUAGAUUUUCCAAGCUUAUUUUUCAUUGUGACUUAUAUGGAUUUGUGCAGGGAUAUCAACGUUACAUGUACAGUGUGGGAUAUCAGUUUGAUGUGUCCGUAAAUACAUAAAUAGAUCAUACCUACAGCAUAAUCUGCAUCAUGUGCAGCCAAAGCAUGUUGCAUUGCCUUACAUAUUUUAUUUUUUUAAAUAAAAACUGACGGCAUUACAUCAGAACACAUGUUCCACAUUUUAAUUCAACUCCAUCGACAGUUUCUUCAAUAAAACUUUCAAUAAACCAGA